AUGGACAUGGUACCACACGAGAUGACGGACAUGAUGAGGACUGUGCGGCCAGGGGACCGUCUGUACUGCCGCUACAGUCUAGCGGAGAAGCUGUACCACGAGCGCCUGCUGCGCGGGCACGCGGCAGGGUCACUCUGGGCGGUGGCGACGCCUGACGGAGACGUCUUUGUUGAGGACUUCGCCGACGCCGACCACGCGGAGGUGCACCGUGGCGGGCCGCGCGGUGGACUUCCACCGCAGCUGCGUAAGAAGAUGUUCUACAGGUUCGACCUCGACAAGGACGCGCUCUCCGCCCCGUUGGCCGAGGGCGCGCAGCUGGCGGAGCGCGAGCGCGCCGCCCUGCCAGCAGGCCGCCGCCUCCGUGGGAAGCAGGCCGCGCAGGCCCGGUCGUCCGAGACGCAGCUCGCCCUCGACGGUGGCACGCGGACCCCAGUCGGCUCCGACGCCGAGCGGGACAACCAUUUGGCGGAGCCGCCGCUCCCCCCACCGGCGCGCGCACCCCCGCCGCGCGCGGGUCCAGGGGGAACGCCGCUCCCGGCGGCGCGGCUCGACGACGGCUGGGUUGCCCUGGAGUCGCGGCCGGGCUUCAAGCGGGGCAGCCCUGUGGAGGUGGCCCUCGCCACCGUCCACGCCAACGGGGUCAUCGCGCUCGCACGCAUCGGGACCAUCGACGAGGUUCCAGCGUCGCCGAGAGCAGCGCCAGAUGCUGUACUGGACGAGCGCAUCUUGCAGCACCGACGGAGCAGCACUGGACAGCGGCGCCGAGUCCUCGCGGAGGUGGUCUCCGAGCAGCAGGAGGCGCUGCACACCAAAGAGCGGCGCAUCGAGGGGCCUGCCACCGUCGGCUGGCUGCCCCAGGCACAUCUGGAGCAGGGUGGGGGGCCCGUUCAGCGCCACCACUGGUGGAGACAGAUCCUGGGAUUGGCAGCAGCUGACCCCGGGGUCGACGAACAUGUGUUCCUCUGCCAGCUACUGGAGACAGCAGCCACGGCCGACCAGCUCAACCUGCCGGGUUGCGAGACGUUCGAGCUGGCGGCCAGGCGCUUCCAGCUAUGGGAGGAGGUGCACUCAGAAGCCUUACGACAGGCCGAGGUCUCGGGCACUGCAGGGACCACAGCCGACCCCGACGGCUGGUUGGACGAACGCCGCAUCUUCUUGGGGGGCACGCGCCCGAAGGGGCACGCCCUCGUUGCACCGACUUUGGAGAGGCACGCGGCGGCGAAGAUGCAGGAGGAGAGCGCCAUCCUCAAGGAGAGGCACAAAGGAAGGGGGGAGCGCCGCAUGGCGCACGGAGAGAGCAGCAGCGCAGCUGGCGCCGGCCUCGGCGACCCGGGCGGGGGCGGCGGCGGCGCGGGCCCCGCAGGCUGA